UAUGGAUGGUUAAUUAAAGUCUGGUUAGAUUGUGAGUUAUAAAGUAGACCAUGUAUAUAUAGUUAUUAUCAGGGGAAUUGGAUGCAAUUACCUGUACGAUAUAUUAAAUGAUAACUAACGUUAAAUGAGUCUCAGAAAAUAGGAAAAAUAUAUUUUUUGGUAUCUUUUUAUAUGAUAUUUCUUUACUCCAUCCUUCAUUAAGAGUACAAGUAGAGCAAACACGGCAAUUUGAAGUUUGUAAACACAACUAUUCUAAACAGCAUUGUAUUUUGGCCAAGUGUCAACUAAAGCGGUACGCCAUUUUGUUAUCGAUCUGUGCGAUGCAACACGCAUUUGUACAGAAAUUUCUUGAAUAUUCGAUGCAGCGUCUGCGCUGCUAGUCCGUUCAUUUAACAUUUCGGAAGUCGAAGUCCGUAGGUAUUCAUAUAUCGUCCAUUUGUUAAUACUUUUGUAUCCCGUCAAGCAUUAUUUAACUUUGAAAAUGAAGAUUGUUGUAGUCUGAAGUAUUGGCAUUACGAUGAGAGGGUUCUUUCUACGUUGUCCUCUACGAACUAUCCUCGGUCAACCCGAUAGAAAACAUCAUUUGUGUGCAUGUCUGAAACAGAAAACGUCUCAUAUUCAAAUACCUUAUCUGUUUGGUAAUUCAGGGAGUAAAAUACUUAAAAGAAAUUUACAUGAAAAUUCAAUUUAUAAAAAUUCUCAUGCAAAUCGCGUUUUUAUGCCCGUUGAGGAAUUUGCUCGGGCUAAAGAACUGAAAGUUAGCAGCACUUUUAUUUCACAAAAAGAUGUGGAUAAAGAUGAUCAAACAAAUGUGGAAGAUGUCCUAUUUACUAUGUUUAAAAAUAAUGAUGAUACAGUACCAGUUGGACAGUUUUUGUCCUCCUUAUGGUCUACUGGUUUGAAAAAAAAUGAUCCUAGAUUAAAAGAAAUGAUGUCUAAAUUAAGAUGUGUUCAUAAAGAAACACAGACCGUUGGAUCGCCCGAAUCAUUGAAUCUUGAUAGAGAGACUUUUAAAAGUGUUAUAAAAGAGAAUAUCGUUUUGAUAAGUAGAGCAUUUCGUAACCAUUUUGUAAUACCGGAUUUUCAAGAUUUUGUUAAAUAUGUAGAAGACUUUUAUUGGAAAUGUAAAGUUAUAACUGGAGGUAAGGUUGCUGCAUACAUUCCACAGCUUGCAAAAUUUAAUCCCGAUUACUGGGGUGUUAGUUUAUGUACAGUAGAUGGGCAGAGAUAUUCGAUUGGUGAUACUGGUGUACCCUUUACCAUUCAGUCUUCGGGUAAACCGAUUAAUUAUGCUAUUGCCUUAAAUGAACUAGGAUCUGAUAUAGUUCACCAAUACAUUGGUCAAGAGCCUAGUGGUAGAAUGUUUAAUGAAUUAGUACUUGAUUAUGCUCGGAAACCUCAUAAUCCAAUGGUGAAUGCUGGUGCCAUAGUCGUGUGUUCUUUGCUGCUUUAUUUAGUUGAACCAGAAAUGAGAGUAUCCGAAAAAUUUGAUUGGAUAUGUCAAUAUUACAAAGCUAUGGCAGGUGGUGAAUAUCUUGGUUUUAAUAACGCUACUUUUCUUUCCGAAAGAGAAGCAGCAGAUCGGAAUUAUGCUAUUGGCUUUUAUAUGAAAGAAAAUAAAUGUUAUCCGGAGAAAGCAAAUCUUAGGGAUAUUAUGGACUUUUAUUUUCAAAUGUGUUCUCUCGAGGUUAAUUGUGACACUGUCAGUGUCAUGGCUAGCACACUUGCAAAUGGAGGAAUAUGCCCUAUAACAGGACAGCAAGUCAUAGAAAGUCAUGCAGUACGUGAUGUUUUGUCACUAAUGCAUUCUUGUGGGAUGUAUGAUUAUUCUGGACAGUAUGCUUUUAAAGUUGGAUUACCUGCUAAAUCUGGAGUGUCGGGAUGUACGAUGGUUGUUGUACCUAAUGUAAUAGGUCUUUGUUUAUGGUCUCCUCCACUUGAUAAUUAUGGGAAUUCGGUAAGAGGAGUUCAGUUUUGUGAAGAUUUAGUAAGAAUGUUUAAUUUUCAUCAUUAUGACAAUCUAAGACAUACCACUCAAAAACGAGAUCCAAGAAGACAGAAGUAUGAAACUAAAGGAUUAAAAAUUGUUGGCCUUUUGUUUAGUGCUGCUAGCGGAGAUGUCACAGCAAUGCGUCGUCAUUAUUUAUCGGGAAUGGACAUGGGACAAAGUGAUUACGAUGGGCGUACAGCACUGCAUUUAGCUGCUGCCGAAGGUCACUUAGAAUGUGUAGAAUUUCUUUUAAAAGUAUGUGGUGUUAAUCACAAACCACAAGAUCGAUGGGGACAUACACCUCUUGAUGAAUCUCACACAUUUGGCCACACAAAAGUAGCUGAAUUCUUAGAAAAAUGGGAAGCCAUCCGUGAUGAAGAACUUCAGCAGAUGGGAGAUGAAAUAGUCAAGAUGCCUAAUCGUAAUAUUGUUCCUCUUUUGCCAAAAUAAAUUUGUGCUUACUUAACUUCUAACUAAAUUUUAUUUGCUAUUUAAUGAUUGUAAUUUUUUUAAUUUAUAUAAUAAAAUAUUAAAAUAUUGAACAAAAUAUUUUUAAU